UUAGACAACAGUCAAUGUUACACAUUAGAGCGUUCGUGACGUACCGUUAGCUUGUGAUUUUGUGAUCUUUCCGUGAGAAAAUGUCUUUUAAUGCUUAAGCUGCAAGAUAUUAGAGAAAGAUGAAAAGCAGCCCUAAGCGUAAAUAUGAGAAUUUCUCUGAACAUCAAGGAAAAGAAGCUGACAAAUAUUCUCUAGACAGUCAAGACACCGCCAGUCUGCAUUCUACAGAGGAGGCGCGGCGCGACGUGAGCGCCGGCGCUGGUGACAUGUGGAUCAGCGCGGUCGAGAGUUCCAUACUCAGCUGGGAGGAGGUGGCUGAACGUCUCCAAGUAGAUGUCCGGAGAGGCCUAACAUGGCGGGAUGCGAACGAUCGCAUGAACUUCGUGGGCCCGAACGAGUUCCAGGUGAAAGAGCAGGAACCGCUAUGGAGGAAGUACAUAGAACAGUUCCAGAACCCGCUGAUACUUCUGUUGCUUGGUUCAGCCGUGGUGAGUGUGUGUAUGCGACAAUUCGACGAUGCUCUCUCAAUUACGAUUGCCAUCAUCAUAGUAGUGACGGUGGCCUUCGUACAGGAAUACCGUUCAGAGAAGUCGUUGGAAGAGUUGAACAAACUCGUUCCACCAUCAUGCAACUGCCUCCGCGAGAGUCGUGUCGAACAUUUCCUGGCCCGUAACUUGGUUCCUGGUGAUAUCGUCCAUCUCAAUGUGGGAGACAGAGUACCAGCUGACCUUCGUCUUUACGACUCCACUGAUCUGGCGAUAGAUGAGUCGUCCUUUACUGGCGAAACAGAACCGGCUGUUAAGAGCGUCCUGCCGAAUAAGGCUAUGGCUGGCAGAGUUAACAAGGAUAACAUAGCUUUCAUGGGAACUCUUGUACGAUGUGGUAAUGCGAAGGGUAUAGUUGUAAGUACUGGCGAGAGAUCAGAAUUUGGUGACAUUUUUCGUAUGAUGCAAGCGGAAGAAUCUCCGAAAACUCCACUCCAGAAAUCCAUGGACACUCUCGGCACUCAGUUGUCUAUGUAUUCGUUUGGGAUCAUAGGUCUUAUUAUGGUUGCUGGUUGGCUGCAAGGCAAAGCUAUACAAGAGAUGUUCACUAUUGGCGUCAGUUUAGCCGUUGCUGCUAUACCUGAAGGUCUACCAAUUGUCGUGACGGUGACAUUAGCUCUGGGUGUGAUGCGGAUGGCGAAGAGAAAUGUCAUCGUCAAGAAGCUACCGACGGUUGAGACACUCGGUGGCGUCAAUGUCAUUUGCAGCGAUAAAACUGGCACAUUGACUAAGAACGAAAUGACAGUGACGACGUUAUCGACUUCCGGUGGUCAUAUAGCGGAAGUGACGGGGGCUGGGUACAGUUCCAGAGGUGACAUACAGCUGAGGGCUUACAAGGGCAGAGAUCUGGAUGUAGCCAGGAUGGGCGUCAACAGUAUGCUAGAGGUAGGCAUCCUGUGCAACAACGCGUUCAUCCGUGACGAGGUAUUAUACGGCCAGCCGACAGAGGGCGCUCUACUGGCGUGCGCUAUGAAAAACGAUAUGCGCGACCUCAGGGAACAAUACAACAGGCUUAAUGAAAUACCUUUCAGUUCAGAGACGAAGAUGAUGGUGGUGAAAUGUGCUCCUAAAUUCGGUGAUGGGAAAUUGAAAGAAGAGGUGUUCGUUAAAGGCGCCAUUGAGAAAGUGUUGCCAUUGUGUACACAUUACAUUGACAGCGCGGGAAAUUACUCGCCACUGACGAAGGAAAAACACGGGGACUUCUUGAAAGAAGCGUACAACAUUGGACGCAUGGGUCUUCGUAUAAUCGCGCUGUGCCGCGGGUCCAGUCUGGAAUCUCUAACGUACACUGGUAUGUGUGGUGUGUGUGACCCGCCCCGGGAGUCCGCCCGCCCGGCCGUCAAUGCCCUACGAUCAGCCGGCGUUCACCUCAAGAUGCUCACCGGAGACGCUAAACCCACGGCGUUAGCUGUCGCUCAAAUGGUGGGUCUCGAUGUUCAUCACUCUCAGUCUCUCAGCGGCGACCAGUUGGAUGGGAUGUCAGACGACGAGCUAGACGCCAUUAUUGACAGCGUUACAGUAUUCUAUAGAGUGACACCGAAACACAAGCUGGCUAUUGUGAAGUCACUGCAGCGACUUGGAAAUAUAGUUGGGAUGACCGGUGACGGUGUGAACGACGGAGUGGCGUUGAAGAGAGCUGACAUUGGCAUAGCGAUGGGCAAGAACGGUACUGACGUUUGCAAAGAGGCGGCGGACAUGAUACUCGUUGACGACGACUUCGCUACCAUCAUUUCAGCCAUCGAGGAAGGCAAGUGCAUCUUUUACAACAUCCGCAACUUCGUCCGGUUCCAACUCUCCACGUCCAUAGCGGCCCUGAUGCUGGUGGCGCUGGCCACGCUGAUGGGUGUACCGAACCCGCUGAACGCCAUGCAGAUACUGUGGAUCAAUAUCAUCAUGGAUGGCCCGCCGGCGCAGUCGCUCGGAGUGGAGCCCGUGGACCACGAGGUGCUGAAGCAGAAGCCGCGCGACACCUCGCGGAGGAUCAUCUCCCGCUCGCUGCUGUUGUCAGUGCUGCUAUCAGCGGCCAUCAUCAUCGCCGGCACUCUGUUUGUGUUUAACAGAGAGAUGUCGGACAACAAGAUAACUCCCCGCGACACGACCAUGACCUUCACGUGUUUCGUGCUGUUCGACAUGUUCAACGCCCUGUCCUGCCGGUCACAGACCAAGUCCGUGUUCCAGAUAGGGCUGUUCUCUAACAGAGUGUUCCUUAUAGCCGUGACCUUGAGCCUCGUGGGUCAGAUGCUGGUCAUAUAUUUCCCUCCGCUCCAGAAGGUGUUCCUCACCGAAGCUCUGUCAGGACAUGAUCUCAUCUUCCUGGUGUGUCUGACGUCUAGCGUGUUCAUCGUGAGCGAGGUAAAGAAACUCAUCGAGCGUACGCUGCGCCGGCGCUCAUACGGAAAAUACUCGACCAAGGCCCACGACGCACUGGAUUUCGUAUGACACGAGUCCGAGAGGAAGACUCAGUAAAUCGGGACAUUAAUCGGGACUGUGUCCCGACUAUCAGCGGCAUAGUCCACGACGGAUGUCUCUGUGAUAGGAUGAGGUCGGCCAUUACUGAAGUCAGUGUGAAAACUAGAUGUGUUUUUAGUGAUAACUGUGAGUGCAGUGACAUUGACACUUUUAAAAUAUACGACGGUAAAAUAGAUGUACCGAUGGUUGAAACUUAAUUCCUCUUUGUUUGAAAACUAUACGGCCUAAGUAACGGUUCCAUAUAUUUUUCUCACUGUAUCUACAAUAGUCUAAGACAUUCGUGAUUUUGAAUAUAUUAGUUGUGACAGAUUCACUUUUUCAAAGAUUUACGGGAACACAAACGGGUGUCUUAGCACACGAGACGCUCUUACACUAUAAUAUUUAGUUUGAGUCACAUUUGUAGCUAGAUUUUUUUAUGGACAUGAAUUGUAGGUACUAAGUGCAUGAUCAAUGUCAGAUUUUUGAUCGUUGACGUUCGUGUCAUAAAUAAAACGAUGUCUGUAAUCAAUCAAUUAGAAACUUGUAAGUGAUGAAAUUAAUUGUUUUCAUAAUUUAAGAGGAAUGUAAGUAGUUGUAAUGUUUACGCUUAUUACUUUUGUUAGUUUUGGACGUUCUUUUAUUUUUUUAUGCAUUUUUUUUUCGCCCCCGGAACCAUAUUCCCAGCCAGUAUUGAAACCAGUGUAAUAUAUAUAUUUUUUUAAUUAUUUAUCCAUGUUUAUAGACACAUGUAAAUGUUAUAUAUUUUUUUUAUAUUCUCUGUUUAAUAAACACCAUGAAUCAUUUUUCAGUAAUGCAUA